AUGAUUGUUGAAGCCCAAAAUGAUCUAACUCAAUUUCUCAUUCAACUUGCACCGUACACUGAUAAUAUCACACAAACCAGUGCACGAAGUUGUUCUAUUGAAUACGAUGAUUCUUUACCAUUUGUUUAUACUGUUGCUCUUGAUGGUCUCUUUGUUAUUCUCCCAUCACCCAGUAGUUAUUAUUCAUCAACAACUGGUCCAAGUAUCCAAAUUGUACCGGCAUUCUCUUUACAAUUGCCUUGCAUUCCCGGUACAUACAAGAAUGGAACAUGUCUUAGACGCUGUCUACCAUGUCCGGCGGGAACAAAAAAUGAUGGAACCAAUCUUGCAGCAUCAACCUGCGUCGACUGUACAACGAAUGCAUUCUGUCCAUUUGGUUCCACUAGUGAUUCUGUCUCAACCGAUUCACUUAGCAAUGUUACUCAAGUAAUUGCUUAUCCAACAUCACCAGCUAUUAUUGGAAUUGAUGACAUUCUAUUUUUCACACUGUUUUCAAUUGGUUCAACUUCACGGUGUGUUGCUCUUUCACCACUCUUCUGGACCUUGCUUGUUGGUGGUAUUGUAAUUCUUAUUGGAAGUGGAAUGCUUAUCAUGAAGCACUGUAUUAAAAAUUCAAAAGCUGCAGAUGGUUAUGAAAAAUUAGAAAAAGUAUUUAAACAAACAGAUCUCAUUACUGCAGGUGACCUUGUUCCCCUGCCAUAUCGAUCAAUUACUGUACAAUUUACUUUACCGAACAUAUAUACAAUUGGUGGACUUCGCAUCGGUCUGAGUGGUGCCAGUAAAAACAAAACUUCGAAAAAAACGGUUCAAACUUUAGGUUUUUCACAAGUAUUCACUGAAGAUGGACGCAUGGUAGGACAAAACGUAUAUAUUGUUCUCGAGUUAACAAAACUAGUCAAUGAUACAAGUCCACUGGUCAGUGGCAAUGAUGAUACAUUCAGAGCUAUUUGGGUUGGUGAAUUUACGGUGAAUUACUGUCAAUUUUUCGUGGCAAGCACUGAUUAUUUGAUUGCAACACCUAAAUCAUCGACAAAUAUGACAUUAAUGAUCACUGAAACACCCUAUUAUAUAUUAAAUUCACAAUCACCAAUUGCUCGAUUGCCUAUUAUAAUCUAUCAUGAUUUUCUAUUUAUAACAAUGGUUAUUGGAAUGUUCGCUUUGAUGUUUGCCCUAUUUAAAUUAAUAAUUAUACCAUUCGUAGUCUUCCUCAUCCGUAAAUGUAAGCCAAAUUAUGUUAAGGACAACCGAGUGGAUGUUAACAGUCAGGUUGGCUUUACUAACGAUGAUUUAGAAAAUCCAACUUCAAACUCAAAUGAUCAAAAGCGCAGCGAACACAAGAACCCUAAUUCUAUUACUGAUAAUGUUGUUCCUGUUCAAAGUCAGACGUUCAUUGAAAAUGGAAAUUCUAAUCGUGAUAAAGAUGACAGUUAUCACUCACCGGCAGUUGCUGAUGUUGAUACGACUAAGAAACGAUCAGGUGAACUUUCAUCACUUGUUUGA